AUGAAAGCCAAAAUUAGCUGUUCCACCGGCGGGUUUCGCGACAUUCUUUUUGCUUCUCCAAAACGCUGAGUAUCAUCAAAUUUAAACUAAUCCUAACGACGUCGCUUCAAAUGUUUUCAACAUUAUUAUUAAAAUAUUUAAUUACCAAAAAGUCAAAACUGUAUCAAACAAACAAGUGUUUAUUCAUUCUUCACUUCCGCAAAACCUCGGAUUUCAUUUUUUUUCCUUUUAAUUUUCAUCCUUUCAUUAUUUUCUUUGUGAAUUGUGAUCGUCCCUUCAUAUAAAUAUUUCCCCAAAAUGAUAGAAAUGCAUUGGGGAAUGGAGAGUUUUGAAGGGAUGAUCAGUUGUUAAAUUUUACAGUACCAUUAUAUUAGUGUAAUUGGCAAUACUAUAAUACUACAAAUAAAAACGUUGCGUGUAAAUGAAAUUAUUUUUCGAAUUGUUUUGAAAUUAUGGGCAUGAGUCAUACGGGUGGUGAACGCCGAAUUGCCGAUUCUCUCUUGAGAUCGGCGUUCGAUUUUGCUUCUUAUGUUAGGUUAUUAUGAUCAAAUUAUUCUUUUUGGGAUUCAAAACAACAUUUUUUUGGGGAUUUUUGAAACAAAGAUUUCUCUGCAAUUUUCCGGUUUUUUUCGUAUUUGCUUUUAAUUUUGGAUUUGCAGGGAUGUCGACCGAAAUUGGAUUAGCUGUUCCAGGUUCUAAUACUGAUGAUGGGUCGGGUGAACCCGAAUAUGUGGAGAAAGACCCAACCGGUCGCUACGUUCGGUUUGGGGAAAUCUUAGGGAAAGGAGCAUUCAAAUCAGUUUACAAGGCAUUUGACGAAGUAAAUGGAAUAGAGGUUGCUUGGAAUCGUGUGAAGAUAAAUGAUGUUAUGCAGUCUCCAGAAAGUCUGGAGAAGCUAUAUUCUGAAGUUCAUCUUCUCAAGAAAUUAAAACAUGAUAACAUCAUAAAGCUUUAUGAUUCAUGGGUGGAUGACAAGAAGAAAACAGUGAACAUGAUCACUGAACUCUUCACAUCUGGCAACUUGAGGGAAUAUCGAAAGAAGCAUAAAAAUGUAGACAUGAAGGCUGUGAAGAAUUGGGCAAGGCAGAUUCUCCGAGGUUUAGCCUAUCUUCAUAGUCAAGAACCACCAAUUAUUCACCGAGAUUUGAAAUGUGACAAUAUUUUCAUCAACGGAAAUCAUGGAGAGGUUAAGAUUGGAGACCUGGGAUUUGCAACUAUAAUGCAGCAGCCCAUUGCACGAAGUGUUAUAGGGACACCCGAAUUCAUGGCUCCAGAGCUCUACGAAGAAGAAUAUAAUGAACUUGCUGACAUAUAUUCUUUUGGAAUGUGCAUGUUAGAGGUGGUCACUUUUGAGUAUCCUUAUUGUGAAUGCAAAAAUCCAGCUCAAAUCUUCAAGAAGGUUACCUCUGGGAUAAAGCCUGCUUCCCUUGCAAAGGUGAAAGAUCCACGAAUGAAAGAGUUUAUUGAGAAAUGUCUGGUUCCUGCUUCAGAAAGAUUGCCUGCAAAGGAGCUACUUAAUCACCCUUUUCUUCAACUUGAGAACCCAAAAGAGUCAUUACGCCAUCCCAUUGAGCUUCCCAGCCAACUCCUCAGUUCACCUACUGCUCCAAUUUCAACGUCUCAUUCCAUGGAUCUCGAUUCUAAUCACUGUAAACAUCACUACGGAAACAAAAACACCUCACUUAGUAACUACUGCAUCUGUCAAACUAACCAAGCUUUGGAAUCUAUGAGGGAUCAUAAGGGUAACAUGUUCCAUCUAAGAGGGAUGAAAAAUGAUGAUGAUAAGUCGGUAUCAUUGACAUUGCGCAUAUCUUACCCUUCAGGGAAGGCGGAGAAUAUAGAGUUUGUCUAUUACUUGGAGAAAGAUACAGCGGUUGCAGUAGCAGCAGAGAUGGUUAAUAUGUUAGAUUUGGCUGAUCAUGACGUGGCAUUUAUAGCUGAUUUUAUUGAUUACUUGAUAACACAGAUUAUACUGAAAUCGAAUCCAUCAUCAGUUCGUUGUUCUGUUGAACCAGGGAAGCAAGGUGAUGUUUCUGUAGUAGAAAACAAAAGGUUUGCUGGUAUGGAAGAUGCAUUUUCCGAGAAUUCCUUUACAUUAGGCAAAGCAUUGAGAAGUCUUGACUAUUGCAUCGGCGAUUGUUUCAAACGUUUGUGUGUCAACAAACCAGAGAUUGACUUAGGAGAAGUAUAUUGUGAAGAAGAAUACAAAUUUUCAAGGAAUAAUAGCGAUUUGAGUGAGUGUAACCAUUUGAAUGAGUUGAGUAAGAACCUCGAAGGUGCAACUUCAAUGGAACAUUGUGAGAUUUCUGGUUUCACAAGCAGCUCCUCAUCUUCAUUAAAUGAAGAACAGGACGAUGAGCUAAAGGCAGAGCUCGCUGCAAUAGAAACUCGGUAUCUGCAAUGGUUCGAGGAACUUGCUAGAAUGAGGAAAGAUGCAUUAGAGGCUGCUAAAAAGAAGUGGAUGAUGAAAAAGAUGGUUGCUCUAUCUUAGUGGUCAUGUAACUACUGGUAAUUAAGGUUCUUGCACAGAAUCAACCAAUGUGGGCUUGUUCUGUGGCUUGGUAGAUUUUCCGUUAAAAUGGGGAUUGUUGAGAAAGUGUAUAUAAAUAUUGGCAAUUGUUCAAUUUUGCACCCAUUUUGAUCAGUC